AUGGCCAAAACCGCGCGGCUCAAAACCUCCAACAAAGCACCAUCCCCCCACUCCCGCGCCUCCCGCCGCGCCCCCCCUCCCACCCCCUCUUCCACCCUCGCCCCCACCCCGCCCAAAACCCCGGCACCGCCCCCGUCCCGAUCCGGCACCGUGCUCGCGCCCGGCCGCGUCGCGAAGGCGAAGGGGAACGGGAAGGGCAAGGUGCUGAAGCGGAAACAGAGGAUGCGGGUCGAGAGGGGCAAGGGGAGGGCGGAGGCUGUGGGGGAGAAGAGGGAGAGGAGGGUUGGGAUGGUUGAUUGGGAUGAGUUGAAUGCGGAGAUUGCGGGGAGGAAGGGGAAGGGGAAGGGGAAAAGGGAGGGUGAGGGUGUGGAUAUGGAUGUGGAUGUGGAUGUCGAUGGGGGAAAGGCGGGGUUGGAGGAUAAGGCGAGGGGAAAGGAUGGGAUGAAGGCUGUGGAGGAGGAGGAGGAGGAGAUACUGUGA